CUUGAAUAAUUAUUUGGAGGUUUCAUAAACAUCAAGAAGCCUAAGAGAAUCUUUCCGUGACCCGACACUUGCAAGAAAGUUUUCAUGAUGUAUCUGAAUAUCGUUUGUGAUCCGCCGCUUUCGCAGUCCACCGUUAUCCGCACUGGACAAGCUUCGGUCCCCUUUACUGUUGUACUAGAGACCGAUCCAUCUUCUCAGAAAACCUGGGAAGUUGGAGUAUGGCACAAUCUAAAUCGAGAACAUGAUUGGGAGCUUCUCCCUCUAUUGGGAUCUCACUUCGACACUGAAGUCACAACAUUGUCGAAGGACAAAUCUUCAGUUCGGCGUCAACUUUUCACAGGAAAGCUCUGUGGGAUACCGCCGAAAUCCCAUCCGGUCUCUUUCACGGUCAAAUUCCGAGUAGCGUCUGCUGGACGCGAUGACCAAUGGCAAUGGGUCCAAGACCGAUUCUCGCUCGCAGACGGUCAUCUGUACUAUGCUGCUCGCAAGCCCAGUUCCGACCUGGAUGAGUUUAUAUCUGGGAUGUCGUCCGAACUCGAUGUCGGUCGCGAACGCCCUGAUACUGUUGAUACUCGACUGUGGCGCGUGACAUCCCGAGUCCCUGCUGCCGUAGGCAACAAGUCUUCAUUCACCCAGGUGAAACUUGGCAAGGCCAUAGCCUUCACCAGAUGGUUUUCUUUGGUCCGUGUCUGGACGCCGUGGAUCGGCCCUCGGCAGGGCAAAGGCCAGUUUAAACUCGACAACGACGCAUUCCUGUUGUCGUUUCUCCGCCACGAUGGCCUGCAUGUAGUCGCUCUGGCUUUGAGUGGCAUCGAUGACUCAAGCACCUGGUUCAGGAGCGAUGACGAGGGCAAUGUCCUUAUCGUGACGAGGAACGAUGCUGCGGAUCCAGGAAGGAGCCGGGCUCUGGUCGCUGUUGCCGACUCGUUCGAAGUUGCGAAUGCUGCUGUGAUGUACCACGCCAGGAAGCUCGUCAUGGAUCAGGUAAAUUCUUGCGAUGAAGAACAUCGUCAACUCAUGACGCAGAAUGAAGAUGAAAUCAAGCCCAAAUGGCUGGAAGACUGGUACGACGGAUUUGCGUACUGCACAUGGAACGGCCUGGGCCAGGACUUGAACGAGACCAAGAUUUAUGAUGCGCUGGAUGCUCUUGAAAAGAAUGACAUUCAUAUUACGAACUUGAUCAUUGAUGACAACUGGCAGAGCCUGGAUCGACCAGAUCAAGGAUCGUCUGAGCGUCGAUGGAUGGAAUUCGAAGCGAACAAGCAAGGGUUUCCGAACGGCUUGAAGCACACGGUUGACACCAUCCGCAAGAAGCAUCCAAAUGUCACCCAUGUCGCGGUUUGGCAUGCUCUUUUAGGAUACUGGAGCGCCGUGUCUCCUAAUGGCAAGAUCGCGAAAGAGUACAAGAUACGCAAGGUCCAAAAAUCCCCCGGAGUCACCGGUAACGAGUGGCAUGUUGUCGACGAGCAGGACGUACAUCGCCUUUACGACGAUUUUUACAAGUUCCUCUCUUCGUGCGGAGUUGACUCUGUCAAGACUGAUGCGCAAUUCGCCAUCGACGAGAUGACCAACGCCCCCGACAGACGAGACCUGAUCCGGCCGUACCAAGAUGCCUGGGCUAUCGCGAUCUUGCGUCAUUUCUCGGCGAGGGCCAUUUCAUGCAUGUCCCAGGCGCCGGUAAUCAUGUUCCACUCGCAGAUGCCGACAAACAGGCCGCGGAUCCUGGUCCGCAAUAGCGACGACUUCUUCCCAAAUGUCGACAGCUCCCACCCUUGGCACAUCUUCUGCAAUGCGCACAACACCUUGUUCACCCAGCACUUGAAUGUACUUCCGGACUGGGACAUGUUCCAGACCUCUCAUCCGUGGGCACGAUUCCAUGGAGCGGCUCGAUGCGUCAGCGGAGGGCCCAUUUACUUUACCGACGAGCCGAACAAGCAUGACGUUGGUCUCAUUCGGCAGAUGACCGCGAAAACCAUCCGCGGCACCACCUGCAUCCUCCGUCCGAGUACGGUCGGAAAGACGACUACGCCGUACGUCACCUACGACGAGGAAGUGCUCCUCAAAAUUGAAACGUAUGUCGGCAACCAAGAAACCGGAACUGGCAUUCUAGGGAUCUUCAACGUGAGCCGCCGCAGUUUGACCGAGCUCGUCCCGCUCGCCACGUUCCCUGGCACGGAGGUUGGCCGAAACGCUCGAACGCGACAAUACAUCGUUCGAGCUCAUACCACGAACAAGGUUUCAAAGCCCAUGUCUCUGGGCGAGAGCGAUAAGGCCCGUUUGCUCGUGGAUAUCGAGACUGGUGGAUGGGAAAUCUUCUCAGCGCAUCCUCUUCGUCCGUUCAUGCUUCGCCGUCGCCGCGGCAGCACCUCCAAAGGGCCGACUCGUAUCGCCGUAGCGCCAUUGGGCUUGUUGGGCAAGAUGACCGGAGCGGCCGCGAUCAUCGCCACGCAGAUUUUCGUCCAAGACACGGGUCGAUUAAGGGUGUGGGCGAGCCUAAAGGCCCUCGGGACCUAUGGGCUCUAUAUUUCCGACCUGAAGGAUCGGAACCUCGAAGAGGACUUCAUCGCGAUGAUGUUCGGACGGGCUAUCAAUCCGGCUGCGGUGAAGAGAAGCGAGACAGAUGAGAACGUGCUGGAGAUUGACGUGGAGCGCGCUUGGAAGGAGAGUGGGCGGUCGCCGGGCUGGAGUAAUGAAUUGGCGGUGGAGGUCUUUAUUCGCUGAUGGACAUCGGUUAACAGGGAUAUCAAAUAUCCUUCGUGAAUGUUCAUCUCGGAUGCGCCAGAGCGCGGACUUCAGCACCAGAAUCCAGUCUUAAAACGCAUCUUUAUCACCUAUCAAUCAUCCAUGCUC